GUGUGUUUUCUCAUUUUCCUUUUAUUGGAAACAAUGUGCUGUGAAGGAUGUUGGAAAGAAGAGAAACAAGCACUUUUGGGCCUACGUUCUCUUUUCUACGAUCCUUUUUCCAUCACUUCCUCCUGGAAUGUCUACACAGAUUGUUGUAAAUGGGAAGGAGUGCACUGCAACUCCUCCACAGGGAGAAUACUCCAUCUUUCUUUUGACGGGUGGAAGUCAACACAACAAUAUAUAAAUUACUCUGAUUUUUCUGUCUUCAAAGAUUUGAAGAACCUCUCCUUCGCAUAUAACAAUAUAGUUGGUUGCGUUGGGGAUGCAGAGUUGCCAAAUCUCCAGCUCCUUAGCUUCAAUAAUAACGAUCUGGAUACCACCAUUCUAUCUUGUUUGGAUGGACUUCCAUCUCUUAAGUCUCUUUAUUUAAGGGAAAAUAAGUUCAGUACAUCUUCAUUAAACCAUGUUUUUGAAAGUGUGUCACGAAAGCUGCGUCGUAAUCUGGAGGUCCUUGACAUAAGUUGGAACCGUUUGACUAAUGAGAUCUUGCCAUCCCUUGAGGGAUUCACAUCUUUAAAGGAACUGGAUUUGAGUGGAACUGAAUUGGACUCGGAUCUUCACUUUGACGGUUUAUGCUCAACAUUGAGGAAUCUUGAGGUCCUUCGGUUGUCCUAUAACAACUUCGACCAAACUGAUAUUGGCUCUGCUCUCACUGGAUUCUCAUCCCUCAAGUCUUUAUAUUUAGAUAACAGUGCAUUCAGUUGGAGAUCGAUUUACAAUAUUUCAAAAUUGAGUUCUUUGGAGGUCCUUGACUUAGGCUGGAACCACUUGAACGAGUCUGAGAGUAUAUUGGAGUCUGAGAGUAUAUUGGAGUCUUCGAAAGAAAAUAAUAUAUUUAAAUGGCCAACCACGUUACAACAGCUAAGACUUGUUGCAAACCAUCUAAGCAAUAGGUUUAUUUCGUCUCUGAGGGAGCUUCCACAUCUCCAAUACCUUGAUCUAACGGAAAACCAAUUUGAAGGAGCGCUAGAUAUAAACGAGAAUGAGACAUUUAAAUGGCCAACCAAUUUACAACGUUUAGAAUUGAGCUCAAACAGUUUGAACAACAGAUUUCUUUCAUCUCUGAGGGGACUUCUUCAUCUCCAAUAUCUUGAUUUAAGCUACAAUAAGUUAGAAGGAACGUUAGAUAUAAGUGAGAAUGACAGAUUUCAAUGGCCAACCAAUUUACAAGAACUAAUCCUCCGGGGUAACAGUUUUAGCAACAAAUUUUUUUUAUCUCUGAGGGGACUUCCACAUCUACAGUGUCUUGAUUUAAGCGAAAAUCAAUUAGAAGGAACACUAGAUAUAAGUGGAUUGUUGACUUUAUCCAAUUUGAGGCUUCUUUUUUUGAGCAAUAAUAAUAUCCACAAUUUUGUGGCCUAUCAAGGUACAAAAACUCUCAGUAGAUUGGAUUUUCUUGAUUUAGAUUUGAAUAUGAUAGAUGGAAACAAACUAAGAGAGUCGUUACGAGCUUUAUCAUCAUCCAUUAGAGAGGUUUCUAUAUCUUACAAUAACUUGAAUGGAACGAUUGUAGCUGAAGAUUUUCAUGAUUUAAGUAACCUACAACAAUUGACAUUGGAUGGGAAUAUUAACAUGAAGAAUGAAUUUUUUGAAAGUAUUGGAAACUUGACAUCCUUAAAAACUUUGUCUGUUUCAUACUGUCAUAUAAAUGACACUCUUCCCGCAGCUGAUUGGUAUAAGAUGAAUAAGUUGGAAGAGUUAAAUCUAAAAGACAAUGGAUUUGAAGGAUAUCUUCCAGGUUCUUUUGUUAACAUGACAUCUCUUCGGAAAUUGGAAAUUUCUCAAAAUAACUUCAUUGGAAGGUUUGACUCCAGCAUUGUAACACUUACAUCACUUGAACAUUUUGGUUUUAUAGAAAACCAAUUUGAAGUUCCUAUUUCCUUUUUGCCAUUUUCCAAUCAUUCCAAUCUUAAAGUCAUCUUGGGUGAAGGCAAUAGAAUCAUACUGGACUCACAAGACAGUUUGCAUACUUAUGUUCCAAAAUUUCAAUUAAGUAUGCUUAGCUUGUCUUCAAACAUUGAGAGUAGUCCUCUUCGGCUCCCUAAAUUUCUUCUUUAUCAAAAAGAUUUAAUUACACUAGAUUUCAGAAAUUUGAAGUUGGAAGCAAGGUUUCCUCAUUGGUUGUUGGAAAACAACACAAAAAUGAGUGAAGUUAUGUUUAGAAAUUGUUCUUUAACUGGUACUAUGCAAUUACCAUUGCAUCCCCUUCUUAUGUUACAAAGAAUUGAUGUGUCUGACAAUACCAUAAUUGGUAAAAUUCCAAGCAAGAACGUGAGUUCAGUUUAUCCAAAGUUGAAAUAUCUAAACAUGUCUAGAAACUACUUCCAAGGUUCAAUUCCUCGUGAGUUUAGCCAAAUGAAGUAUUUGUCUGAGUUGGAUCUUUCAAACAACCAAUUGUCUGGAGAAAUAUCAGAUGACAUAUUUGAAGCUGCACAACAACUUCUUUUUUUGAUACUUUCAAAUAAUAAGUUUGAGGGGCCCAUCUUUACAAUACCUGCUAAUUUGGGGUCUUUAUCAUUGAAUGAUAAUAACUUCAAUGGUGAACUUCCUAGAAGCAUUUUUAACACAUCCAUCAUUUCAUUGGACAUAAGCAAUAAUCAUUUGGUAGGAAACAUUCCAAGCCUUUUGACAAAAUUUUCAAGAUUAGCGGAACUUCGUAUGUCUAAUAACCACUUUGAAGGGUUUAUUCCAUCAGAAUUGGCACAACUUGAAGAUCUAAGAUAUUUAGAUCUCUCCCAAAAUAAUUUGAUUGGUCUUGUACCAUCAUUUUUAAAUUCUUCUGUGAAAUUUAUCCAUUUGAGCAAUAAUCAUUUAACAGGAUUGUCCAAAAGGAUGUUCAAUGAAAACUCCCCUUUAGUGAUGUUAGAUCUUAACUAUAAUGAAAUAUCUGGAAACAUUCAAGAUAUGAUGCAAGACCUUAGUUUCACAAAGUUGAAUUUUCUCCUUUUAAAAGGUAAUCACAUUAAUGGGGAUAUACCUAUGCAAUUAUGUCAGUUGAUAGAUUUAACCAUGUUGGAUCUUUCAGACAAUGAAUUUUCUGGAGAAAUUCCUCCUUGCUUGGGGACAAUGCCUUUUGAUAAUAAGAACCUUGAUCCAUUAUUAAAAGCAUCAAAGGGAAGCUUCUUUGUUGAAGAAUAUAGUCAAGCACCAUUACCAUCAGAGGAUAAGAAAGAGAAAGCAAGUUUCACUUCAAAGAGAAGUACCUAUACUUACAUCGGAAGCAUCCUUGGUUACAUGUCUGGAAUUGAUUUGUCGCUAAAUAAAUUGAAAGGAAAUAUUCCAAACUCGUUUGGAAACUUGACAAGAAUUCGAGCAUUGAACUUGUCUCAUAAUGAUUUGAUUGGACAAAUUCCGGAUUCUUUCUCAAAUUUAGUGCAUACAGAGAGUUUAGAUCUUUCUUUUAACAAGUUGAGUGGUCAAAUUCCUCCUAAGCUCAAUAUCCUAACCUCACUUGAAGUAUUAAGUGUGGCACAUAACAAUUUAUCGGGCCCAAUACCUGAAUGGACAAACCAAUUUGCCACAUUUGAUGAAAGUAGCUACGAAGGGAACCCAUUCCUUUGUGGACCUCCACUACUAAAGAGUUGCAAUCCAUCUUCUACAAAUAUUUCAAAUGGCUCAAAUACUGACAAAGAUAAUGGUAGUUUUGUGGACAUGUAUGUCUUUUGUGUGAGCUUUGUUGUAUCAUACACAUUAGCAUUGUUAGCAAGCACUGGAGCUCUAUACAUCAAUCCUUAUUGGAGGCAAGCAUGGUUUUACUACUUGGAAUCGGUUAGUUUAAAUGGUUACUACUUCAUUGUGGAUAAUUUUUACAGAUUUUGUAAUGUGUGAAAUAUGUAACAUGUAGCUUGUCUCCCUAGAAUACCUAUUUUAGAGUGAUUAAAUCAAGUAAAUAAUGCAAGUGUUUCCAAUUCAAGUUAAAAUAUGUAUAUAUCAAAUAAAC